CAGGUGGAUCCAGUAAGGGUGGUUUCAGCAUAUUUGGUGGAGCAUCGCCUGAAUAUUCAAACGUUGAACUCGCCGGUGUUCAAUGUUAAUUAUUUCUCAAUUCAAUCCGAGCUAUUUGUUGUGGCCAUGAGCAUCAACUGACUAUAGUCUGUGUGUUUUUCUCAUACGCAGUGACUGGGAUGAGCCCCCUCUCGCCAUAUCUCAAUGUGGAUCCAAGAUAUCUUACACAUGUGAGUUCCAGUUAGUAUAAUGACUGACUUUGGUUCACAAACUGGGAAUCUGCCAGAUUCAUGACCUGGAUCUACAAUACAACAAUUCGGAUGGGAUUCGUUUUACAGGGGUAGGUCGGGUAAUGUAAUUAUGUGCACUAGCACAACUGUAAUCUGCGCAUGGCAGUGAUUUUUACAUGGCAGGAGAGUAACAAUUCCAGCCAGAAUAACCUACUGUUUUGGCAAACUCCAAGGUCCUCUGAAAAUGCUAGUCUCGUGCGAAUCGACAUCCCUGUGUUUUGAGAGAAAUGUCUGAGUUUGACAGGUGUUGCUCGUGGUUUGAACAAGAAAACAAUAACUGAUCCGAUAAAUGUAACGAAGUGCUGGGCAUAGCCUAUAUACCGUAUGAAGGGCCUUCAUGUAUCAACUUUCAGUGGAUGCUUUUGUUUAUACGUUUUGUGCGAAUGCAUUCACAUCCCCAAAUGCAUCAUAAAAAUAUUGCGCGUAUUUAAUGCAACCCUUGUUGUUAAUAGAUCGCAAAGCCGCAUACAACUGAGCUAAAUGUUUGGAAAUGAUAAGUUCACUUUCUCAUCCAUAGCCUAAAAACGUAUAUCAAGUGCAAGUGCGCUGUUUGACGCAUAUCUGAAGGCUGGGGGGCAUUUAGGACGUCUUCUACUAAGGAUCGCUAAAAUAUCCUAAUGAUUAUGAUCACACUAACUCAAUUCAAAUAUUAUGGCGACACUAUCUAUACCAAAUAUGGUUUGGUAUGGUUUAGAAACUUUGGAACCAAGCUCAGUGUAGCCUGUUAUCGCCUGGACCUGUUGAAAUAUCUUCACGCCUAGAAAAAAAAACCCUCCAUAUUUCCGUCAUAAAUGUCAAUUUAUAGAUAUUUUUUAAAUAAUAAUAAUUACAAUAGGCAGUUUGGAAAAAACGAAUCCCGUCCGAAUCGUCCUCUGAAUAACGCACAUUCUGGGGUAAUAAUUACAUAACCAACGUUCUCUAGUAAACGAGUCGCGUGCGAAUAGGGCUAAUGACUUCUAAUAUUACCACAGGACCCUGAUGAUUUCAUUUUACCGACUGGUGCCAACAAAGUCAGAGGCCGAUUUGAACUGGCUUUCUUCACCAUCGGAGGCUGUUGUAUUACAGGUGAAAUCUUGUUUUGUCCCUUAGUCUCGCUCUUGACCCUGUAUGAAAUGUCAAAUAUAAGUGUGUAAAUUCUUGUUUGUUUUGCUUCUUAGGUGCUGCGUUUGGAGCUCUCAACGGGCUCCGCAUGGGAUUAUCAGAGACCAAAGACAUGGCUUGGUCUAAACCACGCAAUGUACAGUGAGUUAUCGACUCGAUCCCCCAUCUUUGCACACAUUAAUGGUAUUUUGGAGGCAGUGAUUAAGUUGGAUCUCCUUCAUCAAUUAUUUCUGGGUUUGAGAAACAAAGCAGAUUAAGAGUUAUAUUCGUCUCAAUCCCCGUUUCAGUAGAAUAUAAUUACUCAUUCUGGAAUCAACCAGCAGAGGGCAGUCUUAACCCAUUUGUUCAGUAUGCCUCAAAAUAUUUAAUAUGGUUGGUUGAUAAGUCCCCAACUUGUCAUGCUCUCCAUUAUGAUUGCUGUGGUACGAUGAUUCAAGGGUUCCAUUUGAACUUUCUAAAGAGAUUUAAAUGCAUCUAUAUAGGUUAUCAUGUUUAAGCAGCAAGAUUUUGCCCAAGCUCAAUCUUCUUAUAGGUUGCUUGAACAAUCUGCAAUCUGUAUUGAUUCAGUAAUAACCAAACUCCAAAAGGAAAGGUUAGUCUUGGCUUUCCAUUACAGAUAUGAGGCCAUGAUUUGGGACUUAAAUCUACUGAAAGUAUACCUCUGCUCCACACAAAGAAGAAAAGCUAAGUGGAUAAUCUGACGUGACAUGGUAUGACAUUAAUCCAUGAUUGUAAUUAUUAACACUGGACCUCCUGCUUAGUUCAUAGUGAGGAUCUCACUCUGUGGUCCAAAGGUAAACUGCCGAUGGGAUCAGACCACUGCUAGAGAGAGUGGGGAGAAGCACUGAAUUAUACACAAUUUGCUGAAAUUGAUUCUCACCAAACCUCUUGGCUGAAUUUAUAAUGCUGAUAUGCAGCAUCAUCGUUUUCCCCAAUCAGUAUCAGUAAUAACACAUUAUUCCAUGGAAGCCCUAUAUGGUGGUGUUUUGUUGUAAAUCUGACCUACGUUGUUGCUUUCACUGAGAUUUUGUCAUACUCACCCGGCCAUUGCAAUUGAAUGACCCUGUGCUUAACACACCUGACUUGUUAGUGCUGUAACACAGCUGGGUUUAUGGGCCUUGUCAGCGCCCUUGACUUCCCUAGCAAUCAUAUGACUUAGUCCCUGUCAGGGCAGGAGGAGGAGGGCAAAGUCUGCCUUGGCCACGGGUACACUGUGUAAUGCUGGCUCCAGUUGGAAUAUUGGUUUGACCAGGGUCAUUCUUUUUCAGCUGAUCACUGUUAGAAGAUAGACAGACAGUGUCAUGUGCAGUGCUGUCUUCCUGUUAGUGCAUGUCUAAAGCUGAAUCAGAGCAGUCAUGAGGGUACAGCAGCCUAAUUGCAUUAUGAUCUGACAGACUGUUCACACUUGGCCUGAUGAUCACCUCAACUCAUUGAUAGCUGUUUUGAUAUAGGAUUUCCAUAUAAACUGAAGGAAAACUUCAGCAGGCAUUUAUCACGUUUUCAAAUAUGCAGCCCUUUUACUAGAACCCCUAAUGGUAAAUCAACCCUUGUAACACAUUGAAGUUGGCAGAGUUAGUGUUUAGACUGUAGAUGUCUGUGUUUAAUGGUUAUGAUAUCCUCACUUAGGAUCCUAAAUCUGGUGACCCGCCAAGGAGCAACAUGGGCGAACACACUCGGCUCACUGGGUGAGUGCCGUCAUUCCCCAACAGAGGAUUGAUGCAGUUGUUGGUGUCAUUUGAGCAGUGUCACACAUUGGCAUACUGUUAUUGUUGUUUCUAUUGAGAUAAUGUGGCAUUAAUUCACCUGAAUGCUUGUGUGUCCUCAGCUUUGUUGUACAGUGUGUUUGGGGUGGCCAUCGAGAAGGCCCGGGGAGCAGAGGAUGACAUCAACACUGUUGCUGCUGGGACUAUGACAGGCAUGCUGUACAAGUCCACAGGUUAGUAGAGGAUUUUUUUUUUUUUUUACAGUACAGUACCUGGCUGGAUAGUAUGAUGUUGAAUGCAGAACGGCAAAAUCCGAUUUCCUGUCUGGAAACAUUUCCUCACGUCUCCUCACCUACACAAGGAAACAAAGACACUUACUUUUGCAUUUCAGGUCAAUUGCGGGAAAAAUGCCCAUUGUUCUCAUACAGAAGAACCAGUGACUCACUGAGGUGAAUGAAGCAUUGGAAAUAUGCAGAGGUUAGGCCUUCGUCAAAUUUAACAUAGUAGUCAGACAACCGUGUUUAGUGUUUUGAGUAGCUAAUACUGUAUAGAUCUAUACAAGGCUGAAAGGUUGAGGAUCAGGAAGUCAUCUGUUAAUGAUUGAUACACCUGCUGCUUAUUGGCUUUGGCCUUGUAGGACUCGAAACAAAAACACGAUCUGCCGUCUGUCCAGCGGAUGCAUAGUCUCGCGUAGCCAGACCUUGGGCUGUAGCAUUCAAAGAUUGCGGAUGUAAUCUGGCUCGAGAGACUAGCGGAUGCAUGACACUAGAGUACCUGGAAAUACAUUGUCGCCUGUGGUAAACAUUUUCUCUGGCACUUGGGAUCGGACAAUGAUAAACACUUCUAGAUUUUGUUUUUUAGGUAGCUAACAGAAAAUACCCAUCUAGGACUUUCUGGUUUGGUUUACCUCAAUGGUUAAACAGGUUUUUACAUGCUUCUAAUUUUCCUUGUAGAUUCCACUUAAAAUUCCACCCAGAUGUCUGCAUGUGAUUGAGAGAAGUUGUUGCGGACACCACUUCCUGGUUAGACUGAUGACAGGUUCAGUGAGUUUGGAGGGAGGGACACUAGGCCGUAAUUGCCAGCUGUUGUUAUCAUAUAGACAGUAUCUACACAGGACACCCCUCUGCUGCCAACAUAUAUUUCCCAGCAUGCGUUGCACCAAAUUCACGAGGGGAAGUUCUUCGAAAGCUGGCACUGGACUACACUCCUAUAUCACUGGGAGGGGCGGGGGUACAAUAUCAGCCAAAGGGGUUAAGGAAACCCAACUUAAUUCACAACCAUGGGAUCAACAACGGGGUUUGGCUAUAAAGAGGGUGGUAAGGGGGCCGUUCAUAUAUUACUAAGGUUGUGUAACAUGAACACUGCUUCCCUGUCCAAGUUGACCCUGUGGGUUUUCUUUGCCAGACGACUUCUAUUUCUGGUCUGAACGUGCUUGAAACUCAUCAAACAGACAUACUGUCUGUCACGUUUAAACUGUAGACUCACAUGUAGCCUCCUGUAAAAUCUUUCCCUUUCUGACUUUUUAUGGUACAAAAUAUAUAGUCUAGUUAUUCUACUUUUUCAAGGAUGAUUUACUCUUGUUAAUACUCUCUCCGUCUGUGUUAAAGCCCUGGUGUAAAAAAAGUUGUGUUUUGAUCACACGUCAUUGAAGACGUGCUGCUGAGUCAAAUGUCAAACUAAGGCCGUGGUCGGAAUAUCUCUCACUAAAGUGUUAAACUCCUAUAAUUGCACUCAUGCAAUGUGUCCAGUGGAAUUGAAUCAAGUGAAGAGGUGCCUGUUGUUUCCAGUUAGGGCUUGUCUUGUCUAGACCAGAGUCAUUUCUCUAUGUAUGGCUCUGACCUUCACCAGUAAGAACACUGACUGAAUCUGAUCAAUAUAAAAGUAAUUAUGGACUUGCAUUUGAAUGACUUGCUUACACACAUCACCAAACCUUGCAGGAAAACGUGUAGACAUGCAGAUCAUUUCUUUCACAGUGUCCUCUUACGUCCAUUAGGGAAGUAGGAUAAACAUAGCUAGUUGGACUUUUUUUUUUGUCCUGUGGCAACUGGCAACAAACCUGCAUAAUUUUAACAUUAUUCUAUUGUGCUGAUGCCUCUGCUGACUGAGUCUGCCUCACAUUCAAUUUGGUUUCAGACUAGUGCAUCAUUGAGAAGUCUCUUUAUAGUAGUGGUAGUGAUUCAUACAGCGUCAUAGUGGAUAUGAAUAACAAUCCUGACACACACAGAAAAUAAAUGUUUUGUAUCUAGUAGCUACAGUGCCCAAACCUAUCACAUAGCCUAUAAUUAAGGGAUCUUCAUUCUUCAAGAAAAAACACAUUCCCUGGUGCAUAUGGAGUAUGGGAAUUGUCCAAAAGCAGUUCAAUGUAGUGUGUUUUUGACAAUGACAGCAUGUUUUGCGUUCUCCUUGCAUCAGUGCUCUGCUCCCAUUGUUGUGGGCUGCCCUUGUUUGAGCACCACAGGGUUGGGUAAGUGGGGUGUUUGUAAUUCAAGCAGCCUCCCUCUCUUCCUGCCAUGAUGACAUAGCACCCCUACUGCAUCACACACUUAUCUUGGGGCUGCUGGUCGUGGGUGUGGGCCUGUGGCUGCAGUACAAGAGAACUUAUCAGUCUUAUCCCCUACUGCUGUAUGGGGCCAGGGACAGCCAACCAUGCUGCUACUCAGCUCUCCUGAUCCACUCUGAAGACUGUUGAGUCUGCUUUUGCCUCUGUGUGCCCAUAGCAAUGGCUUCUCAUUGAGAUGCUUUGCCAUUCAAACCUGAUCCUGACCUGUAAGCUGAUCCCGUGUACUUUCCUAUGUAUCUAUGUGAAGUCAUGCUUAGUGCUGAUGAUUACACCAUGAUAACUGUCACUCAACCCCGUCGUGCCGACUGGCGCAUAGGGCAUCAUGAUAACUAGGGUUCCAUUAACCAAGGAAGACAUAUCCCACUGUUGCUGUUAGCUGUAUGUACUUUCCAGUUUCCAUAGGUGUGUGCAAAUUCCCACCAACAAACUGCCCUUUAACAAUGCCUUUGUCAAUAGUCAGUGUUGAAUGUAGACUGUGGAAACAUACCUCAUGUCUGUGUUCUAUGAGAGGGAUGGUCAGCUGGCAGGUGCUAGAUGUAUCUGUGGUACUAGAAUUCCUCCGACUGGCUGCUGCCAUUUCUCUUUAUUUGGUCACUGUUUAUAAGUUGGUGUAUGAUAUUGUUGGUUUGAUAUCAGUGUAGGCUGGUUAGAUUUGACUUAUAUAUUAUAAUGUGACAUAUACACGAUGUUUGUGUGUUUUUAUAGGGGGUGUACGUGGGGCAGCGCGAGGGGGCCUGGCCGGCCUGGCUCUGUCAGGUCUCUAUGCUCUAUACAACAACUGGGACCACCUGAAGGGAAACCCUCCCACCCGCUACUGAGCCCUGCACUGCUGGAACACGGACCAGUCAAAAACAUUUCCCAAAAGAUAUCCUGAUGUCCGGUACCUGAGUUAGGCCCCUAGGUUUGCAUUAAAGGGUGGCCAGAGGUCUGGAAGAUGUCAAGUGUUAGACCGCAUUUAUGCUGUAACGCACAUCAAUGCUGCACAUUCUGAUAUGUAUCAUACUUUGUUGCUGCUGUGAGGAUUCAUUGCUGUGAAUAUCUUAUCAAAUGCCUAUGCACAGCUUUUCCCUGAAUUGCACUGUCUGUAAAUUUCACUUUGAAUGAGUGUUAUUGACUGACUUGAAUGUUGUUGCUAAGAUUGAAUGCUGUCUUACUGAAGUGAGGUGGAGUUGCGUCCUAUGGAUGUCUACAUAAGUAUCUCAUUCCACAACUUUGCAUGUGGUAGUUCUCAAAUGUUUGCUUUAUGAUUCCAAGAGAACAUUACUGUUAAAAUGUUAUGUCAUUUAGUCAGUCAUUUUUUUUUUAGCAGACGCUCUUAUCCAGAGCGACUUACAGUUAGUGAAUACAUUUUUUUUUUUUUUUUUUUUAUACUGUUCCUCCAUGGGAAACGAACCCACAACCCUGGCGUUGCAAACGCCAUGCUCUAUCAACUGAGCUACAUCCCUGCCGGCCAUUCCCUCCCCUACCCUGGACGACGCUGGGCCAAUUGUGCGCCGCCCAUGAAUCUCCCGGUCGCGGCCGGCUGCGACAGAGCCUGGAUUCGAACCAGGAUCUCUAGUAGCACAGUUAGCACUGCGAUGCAGUGCCUUAGACCACUGCGCCACUCAGGAGCUAUUAUUCCAGAGACGCCAUGGGUUGGGUUAAGGGAACUUAUACCAAUGUCCUGCUUUCUAUAACCCCAUUUUUGCUUUUCAUCCAAAUAAGCAAUACAAUAAGUAGUCAGAAAUAAUGAAUGUAUCUAUGCACUUGUGCAAAUAAAGAGAUUACAAUUAA